AGGCCCGUUGGGAUGUAGAGAAGCGCAGUUGUGUUUGAGCCGGCAACGGAUACUAGGAAGUGAACGCUUAGCUAACGCUUAGCUAACGCUUAGCUACUAAUGAAGGAGAGCAUCCCUUGUUGAAGCUGAUGUCGUUGAUGAAAAUGGGUCACAUUGGAUAUCUUGAUACUACUAGGUAGGUGAAGACAGACUUAAAUUUGUGCUCUACUGCAGCACAGACGUCUUCAUAAUUGAUCUGCACAAGUAUCUGGAGAUUACAACCGGGAACAAAAGAUUGUCCUUGUGUCACUUCUUCUGCUUCCUCGAAAAGGAACUACAUUAAGAUGAGUCUCUUCAGUGGCUUGAAUGUGGCGAAGAAGUCUGCGCCAUCUUCUGGCAGUGCUACGACGCCAGCGACUUCAACAGCACCAGCACCCGCAGCACCAGCACCAUCUGGUCCUCGGCCCGGAGCAAGCGGAAGCUCUGCAUUUUCGUUUCUCGCCUCUGCGGGUGGUUCGUCUGCACCUGAUGUGAACGCACCUCCUGUCGUUCCUGUAGCAGCUGUGCAAGUAGAAAAACCAGAGUCCUUCGGCGCAACGUCGACCACCAGCAGCAGCCUUUUUUCGACACCUUCUCCAGGGCAUUUAGUUGGACAUCAUCUUGGAAUGCAGCCAACUUCUCCUGCCGCUGCGAGUACGGGUUCGUCACAUAUUUUCGUUCCUCCAGAACGAGAAGCUGUUGAGAUCAAUCCAGCAAUGCUUGCGGCUGGAGGGGAGCGUAAGAAGACAAGGAGAGCGAAUGCGCCAGGGUUUAUGGCACGACAACAACAUGGACGAGGCGCAGGUGGUGGAGGCUCAGGGACGACGCCUAGUGGAGAGGACUUUCAGAGUGACUCAGGUGGAGGAGGCGUCGGAGUAGGAGGAGACAUAAAUCUUCCGGUGCCACCUCCGCCUCCGCCUGUAGUGCCUCAAUACACCGGUGGUAGGUCCUCCCUCAGUCAUGACUCGCCAUCAGGGGACGUCGUUAGGGGAGGCGCGCUGGAACAUCUGGACCAUGUUGUACCUUCUUCUCAGACCUGCUCACAAAUGCCUUCUACUAGUACAACAAGCAGCACAUCUGGCCGAGGUGGAGGAACUACCCCAAAAGGUGGAACUCGUACUCCUUCUAAAGGAGCAAAUACUUCAACUUGUUCACCAGCACCUCCUGCUCGAGCUAACAACUCUAGUGGCGAGCAAGAUGGUACAUCACAGCAGAGUGGCGGCGUCGUAUCUUCGAUGUUCUCUUUUCUGAGAGGAGCUGUAACAGGAGGUGGCGCGGCCACGACUUCUGCCGGGACCACUGCGCCAGCAUCUCAGGUAACAACCCCCACUGCGACGAAAGCUUCGCCAAUCGGCGGAGAUGGUGGAGGCUCGAGACCACCGCCACCACCACCGCCUGUGCUUGGUGGAACACCCCUUGGUGCACCUGUGGCCCCAAGUAGUGCUGGAAGGAUGAUGAAUACUAGCAUGAUGUUGAAUACCACCUCUGGCAAUGCCAAUGUAGCAUCAACAACGACUUCGUGUUCUGCGCCAUCAACUAGCGCAUUUAGCUUCCUUGGAGCUGGCGUAGGAUUGAAACAAGCCCCUGCAGGCCCGUCGUCAGCUUCAGCGUCUGCAUUUUCGAACGUUCAGUCUUCAGCAUCAAGAGGCGCUGCAAGUACCACGCCAGUAGCUCCCCCAGCCUCUUUAGAAGACGAGAUCCACAACGUCUUCAACUGUGCUGGUUUACAGCAUGUCCUCCACAAGGUUCGAGUGCAGCAUGAAAAAGGCUACAGCGCCAACCUCGAAAAAAUCCAGGCACAACAAAAAGCCUUGGCGACGGCUCGUGAGCGCGUAGCGGUGCUUGAGAAGGAACUUGCGGCAGUAGAGGACGAACAGUUGGCUCUUUGUGAGGCUGAGAAAUUUGCGGAAGCAGAGGCAAAAACGGAGCAAAUAGAAGCAUUAAAGAAGGAAUUACUAGAAGUGAGCAACCUAGGAAACAAUCGCAGCGAAGCGUUUCUGGCGGAGAGAGAGUAAUACUAGCAAUAGAAAUAGGAUACUCUCCAUGAUAUAUGUUUCUGUUAGCUUUUGAAUAGAUUUUUUGAAGAACAUUCAUGUCAAGAAUUACUUUUCUGUUCCGUUCUUCUAUCUCGAGGAAUAAAUAUAAGCUCUUGUUCAGUGACCACCAACUUAUCCCAAUAUUGUCACCUGGCUCACAGGCGUCUUUUUUCGGCUCGAGACGCUCUUGGCCGCGAAUUUGAGCGUCUUCUUUCGGCUAUCUUGAAGAAGCUGCGACACUUGAAGUCGGAUUCGGAGGAGUACUUUGAACAGCAAAGACUGACUCUCGAAAGCAAGAUUUCCUCGGAGGCGGUACGUCUCGCUGCGGAACGCAAGCGAGUGCAGAUGAACCGCGACUACGUCCAUCGGGAGCUAGCCCAUUUGCGUGAAGAAAAAGCCGAGAUCAAUACGGCAAUCGAACUGCAGACAGGCGCUUACGACACUGAACUAGAGGCGGCCGAAACCGAAAAUGCCGCUUUGUCGUCCGAAAUUCAGGAAUUGAAAACGAAGUUAGCAACAUUGGUAGAGCAACAGAAGACAUGUGAGGCGAAAAUAACGGAUAACAGAAUGCGAAUCAACGCAGUGCGAGGGAAAUUCGGUCGACAAUUUGCACGAAUGGAGCAGACGGAGAAAAGGUACGUCGACCGUUAUAGAUUUACUAAUAGAGGGAAAGUGAUCAUCUGUAUCCAAUGCUUCAAUAAACUCCAACAUUGACCCACAACCUGACACCAGACUCGCGGAUAGUCGUGUAGAGACUCAGACUGACGUGGAAAGUCUGAAGAGGGCUGUCGAGGAUUUGAAGGCGGAUCGACGCGCAUUAAGGACUGUGGGGGAACGCAAGCAGUUUGAAGUUGAUAACCUCGACUCCGAAGAAAGCAAAUUGGAACUGGCCAUGCUCGAAGUUAAAUGCUACUUGACAGAGAUGGAUUUUCGCAGAGGACACAAAAAAGAUGAAGAGGAUGAACGUGGUACUAUUUUUUUUUUGUGCAACAGAAGUGAGUCAGUUGUUCUUGUCCUACCUCCUUACUCAGUGUUGUGAGACGUGUUUCAUCUCUUGUCUUUCACCUGAGAACAGCUGUCACCGCACCGCAAUUAAGAAAUACUCACUGGCACAACUCCAAGACCAAAUAAUCACAGGUCUCCGUCUCGAAGCUGCGACGCACGAGGCGCACACCUUGUUCCAAAAGGCGAGUGCAGAAGCUGACGCCUGUCGCUAUCGCGUUCGCAACUUAGCGGAGCAAGUAAAAUCCGCCGAAGCAGAGUUGCAAAACGGAGACUCGUCUAUUUCAGAGGUAGGAGGUGCCACAGCCUCAACGAUUCUAGCGGAAAAACUAGAGGCCGAAAAAAAACUCGCGAUCGCGGCAAGGAACUUCAAGGAAGCGGGUCGUCUGACAGCGGAAAUAAAGGCCUUGGAGAAGAAGCGGGAGGAAGAAGCAGUGCGACUGGAAAAAUUAAGAGAAGGCUACGCUGAAGCGCAGAGGGAACUGGUGCGAGAACGAGAACUGCUCACUGGCGUAGAGGAAGCGGCUCGUUUGCGGGAAGCCAAUGCCGAUGUGUGCGAGUACCUGUCCUGUGAACGGAAACUGGAGGAGGGCGAGCAGUUGCAAAAACUUUUUGUAGCUUCAGAAAGAACUUCUUGUUCAUCUCAAGGCAAAGUAGAAGAGGAAGUAGACCUAUCUGGCGAAGACGCAGGAGCUGCAGAAAAGGACGCCAAAGCAAGUGAAGAGAAGGCUUCGACGUUUGAUGUAGAACACCUAUUCUUGAUGAAGGGUUGCGCAGGUCACGAUCUAGCCAUUAUGCGGAAUCACGUGGAAUAUUUGGGUAAGAAAAUUGUUGCUGCUUUGGCCGCCGCAAGUGGAGACGUAGGCUCUUUGCGAAAAGUACUGCUUGGUCAGGAGGAAGAGCAGACCGGAGAAGACGCUAGUAAAACGAAGGAUCAUAAGGUGGACGAAGAGGUCGAAAAACUCUUUGCAGCCUUUCUUGAGAAGCCAGGCGAUCUUGCAGCCGUGCUUGCUGUGAAGCGGCAGUGUCUCGGACUAUCUGUUCCUCUAGAAGCUGGUGACUCGCCUGAGAGCACACAUCAAGAGGGUCAAGAAGAUCAAGAGGGUCAAGAAGAUCAAGAGGGUCACGAACAAGAACAAUCGCUUUCUUUGGUCCAGAUUAAGGGACAAGGUGGUAUUGGUAAAGAUGUUGAAGGUGGUAAAACUACGCUCGCGCUACGUACCAGCAUAUCGCAAGCAAAGGAACGAGUAGUGCGUGCUACGACGCGGGUAAUAAAUCUAGGGGAACUUGGAGCUAGAGGAGUGCCUUCUGGAGUAGAGGAGGACGACGACGCUGAGUUCGAGCAUCUUCUGGUGUCUUUGGAUGAGACACCAGAAGAUGAAGACGGAACCUCCGGUAUUAAGAAGACCUCUUCAUCUACUACGACUGAGGCUGAGCAAGCAGUUGUUGAUCACCAGGGAGACGAAGAUGAUCAACAAGGAGCCACAAGAACACCUGGCAGCUUAGCAAAUAAGAGGGACAAAAGCAGAGACGGGUCAGAGCAAAUAGACGCAGCUGGUAAAGCUAGUGCUAGUACUGCAGCUUCGUCGUCCUCUGCAACACCACCUGGGCCAGUCAAGCAUUCGAGUACGGAGGAAAAUCUAGACCUUGAUGAACCUCCGGAGAAAGGAGCUGCUGUUGAGCCAGCUGCAGAUACAAAUAGCAGCGCAGCAGAUGCUGAUGGAAAGCAAAAUCCACCCUCUUCUGAUACAAACAGCAGCGCAGCAGAUGCGGAUGGAAAGCAAAAUCCACCCUCUUCUAGUGCUACCUCUGAGUCUCCCGCGGAACUAGAUCACGAGGAAACAGCUCGCGUAGCUGAAUUAGAAUUGACGAUUGAAGAUGCGAAGGGAGCCAUUCUCCCGGAUCUCGAGGAUAGGAUACAGAAAUGCAUAGGAAAUGACCAAUUCGAGGAAGCUGACGCGCUUGAAGAGGAGAGAGUCCAGGUUGUGGCUGAUCUAGCGGCGAACGAGCGGGAGCUUCACACCUUGAUGAACAAGAAAGUUGGAGGAAAUGAAAGUCCAGGUGCUGUCGAGGCAAGAGAACUGACGAACAAGAAAGUUGGCGAAGGAAACGAGAGUCCAACAGCGGAGCCCAGAGAAGGUGCGCACGCUGCUGCCUACUCUUUGACAUCUCCCUCUUCAUCAGGCACUUUCGAUCGUGAUACUAGCAGGUGUUUGCUGUCUCCUACACUACUCUCACCAGGAGAUCAUGGCUCAUUAGCACCAGAGGAACGAGACGGAGAUAAUCUUCUGAAUCCUAAUAUAACCGGUGAAUCUACUACUACUACUUCUGCGGCGCUGGUUCUUCCCUCAUCGACCACAGAACCCGAAACUGCAAGUUCAUCGUUAGUAUCGUUGGACCAAAUCAUCUUGCCCCCUUUUGAAGGAGAAUCGUUUGAAGACCCAUCAGCACCCUACGCCGCGGCCGAGUCAAUACGAUUCUUAACUGAAGAAGAUCUUGUGGGCGAACACGAACAAGCUUCGACAGUGUCCUCGCAUGAGUUGUCGUCACAUGAUUCCUCCAUAUCUCCCGCCAGGAACGCUCUAGGUCUACUAGAGCCAACAAGUUGUAAUAGCCAGGUUCUUUACUGUGCCAAAGAUACUAGGAUCUUCGACUUUGGGAUGCCUGAUGACAGCCCGACUUUCUCUGACACAUAAAGUCUACAUUGGGAUUGUCAUCUUUGAUGUUUAUUCAUUGUACUACUAAAACUAGUCAACUGGUCGUGGUUGUGUAUCUCGAAAGUUUUCCUUCAACAUCCGAAAAUAGAUAAUCAUAUUCUUCAUCAAAUUCCUCUUGUUCCUCAAAUUCAAACAUUUUUUUGCGCGGUGACCCCGUAUUUUCGAAUCAAUGUGUUGAGUCUUGAUUUGUGUUGCUGCAGGAAGACGUUGAGACAGUAACUUUCUUUCGACAUUUUCUGGCAACUAGCAGAUAUUCAACACAGCAGAAACUAAGUCUAAGAUGCAAGAACGCAGCUAAUUGCUGUAUUAAGUAUCUCUUUGUGUUGGACUUCCUUCGUUCCUUGGACUUCGGAAACAUGUUGGAAUUGCUUUUCUUGUAUCUGUGAUCGGUUUGAUCGGUAGUUCGACCAAGGUCGGGACUCAAUCGUCGUCCUUGUCGUACUUCACUUCGGUCGAUUAAUCGGCAUCUUCUCUUAUUUCUGUACCCAGUCGUACUCGCAUCGGUGGUGGAUGAAGAUCACCUUAAUUCUGCACCAUUCUUGUCCUUAACAUCGCCACCACGCAACCAUCCUCACGACUCCUCCCUUAGCAAGCAACCCCAUUGUCCGAAAGUCAAAUUUACUCCCUUGCCGAAGUCAGCAGCAACUCUAUUUCGAACUCUUCGGUUAUAAUUGUUGUGCUUGUGCGCCCUGAAAUCACAUCGAUGAUCAUGUAGGAAAAAGUUGUAUCUGGUGACACGACCGCAUUCGGCCUUCAAGUAGAAGUACUACAACAAGCACAGAGAAGAACAAAAAACAACUUGCUACAGUCCUUUACUUCUUCUAGACGCAAGCAGAGCAAAAAAGAUGCCGGUCGCUGUCAGCAAAAGCGAGAAAAUGCAGAAGGAGAGGCUUCUUGUCUGGAAAGGCAAGAAGCACUGCACAUCCGGAGGACUAACGAAGAGCGACCUAAUGAAGAACAAGGAUGGCAAGAUCGUAUCCGUCCGCGCCUCGGAAGCUGCAACAGAGAGAAACUUAAGGCGACGCGAUGGAUACUACCACGCUCCUGCUCCGGUGUACCACUACAGUCCCUUCAUCUACAACCCACCGGUGUGGAGCUCGACGUACUCCAACCCUUGGAAGUCAUACAUCAAGAACCCACCGGCAGUGAAGAAAAACAGCAUCAUGGGACAAAAGUCAACGUAUAUCAUAAUUUAGCCUCUUUUCAUCUACUAUGUAAAGUCAAAAACAAGAACUCAACAUUGUUGUCUACUUCUCGUUGUUUCAUCGGUUAGAGUCUAGUCAUAGUCUGAUAAAGAUGAUUAAUUACUUACAAUUUUUUGAUUUAUCUAAAAGUAAAACACAUUCAAAUUCUUAUUCUUAUUCUUUCGCCGAUGCGGUGACCAUCUACUUCUCUCCAUCAGGAGUGCAAGUUCAAGUGGAAGUGGAUCUCCUCAGGAAAAGCAAGAAAACAGUGCCGAGAAAUCCUCAUCUCCGCCUGUGCAGACGCCGGCAGCAAAAUAUUAAAUGAGGAAAAACCACGCACCUGGUGUGCUGCUCGUCGUAAAUUUGAGAAAAAAAUAAUUCUCUUUACAUUCAUAACUCUUGUGACAAGAAAAAGACGG